AACAUCGGGUCGGGCCGAAUCCAAAUGUGAGAUCCGCAUCUUCUUCAUUUGGUCGGUCAUCAGAAAACCCUAAAAAUGAGGUUCCUAUGUGAAUUACUGCUCCUCUCCCACUACUGAUAGAUAGAGAAGCCAGGUGACCAGCGACACGCCAGCCCCCAACAGAACAGAACAGACUACCUCAAUCAUUCAAGCGUCCUCUAUCAAUAUCUUUCUUUACACUCAGUCACACACAAUACUAGACAUCUGUCGGUGGAUAAUUUAUUGAUAUGGCGGUGGAGGGACGUGAAGUGACUGUGAUAGCGGUUGGCGGAAAAGGAGCUUCUCUCUCUUCACACUCCGUCUUCGCCAUCGCCAACAACCUUGCUCAGGUGCGGAUUGAUUCAUCUUCCCUUGACAGGCUGUCCAACCAGAAGAACAACAAGAAUCAGCAACCGCCUCCGCCGGCCAAGUUCACUUUUUCCCUACUAAAGAAUUUAUCCCCACAAGAAGCCCGAGCAUCCCUCCUGCUUCUUCUCAACAAACUCUUGCUCUCUUCUUCUGCCUCCUCUGCUGGUAUUCGACCCCACCUCCCACUCUUGAUCUCUGAUACCCUUAAUAAUAGUAAUUAUAAUAAUAACCCUAACCCAUCUGCUUCUCAAACCCUCGAUUUUGAUCAUGCCUAUGAUGUCACUAAUGAAGAACUCCUUGUGUUGGAGAAAUCAUCAUUGUUCAUAUUGGACGGCAUUUGCGCAAUUCUUGAUCACCAGUCGUCAGCCUUGUCUUCUAUUGUCGACGCCGUUGCUGCUUUGUCUUGCGAGGCCUCAGGGGCGGAUGUGUCUGCAUUUAGUUCCAUAGACUCCGGAGAUGGAUCCUCUGCUAAUAAGGACGAGAUUGCCGUCGCUAGUGACUUGAAGGUCUUCCUCAAUGGCUCCAAAUUGCUGGGCAAGCUCGAGUGCGAAGCUGUGUCUGAGAUACCCCAGCUUCAUGGUACUUUGAGGGAAAUUGCCAGGUUGGUGCACUCAAGGACUCGGGUCGAAUUGAAUUCCCCUGUUGUUUUUGCUAAGGUUGGCAACAAAGUCUCCGCUAGUGCUGGAACUGCCAAGGCAUUGGCAACUGCAUUCUUGACUCUGUCUGAGGCCCUUAGGCAUUUGGGCAAUUGUAGCUGGACCCGUGCAAAACUUAGCAUUGAUGCAAUCAGUAAUGUUGAUCUCCGAUCUAGUUUGAUGGAAAUGUUCAAUAGGGAAUGCCCUAGGGCUGAUAGCUUGGGGAAUUUGUUUUUGUCUUCUUCAAAAGCAAGCUUUGGAGGACAGUACAUUACGUUCUUUCACGAGCUUAAUGGCUUAUCAGAGAUGGUAAGAAAAAUUGUCUAUUGGGAGGCAAUUACAGCUUUUGUUUCGCUUGAGGGGAGUGAAAUUAUAGAUAAAGUUCAAGGUAAUGCGCCUGUGGAAAUGAAUGUGAAAUCAGACAAGAAAAGCGAAAAGAAAAAGAAGGUUUUAGGAAAAGGAACUACCGUUUUAAUGCAGUUUAUCAGGGGUAAGUUGCGGAGUGGGGUAGGUGAGGCAGUUGACCCUUCAGCCUUGCUGGAGAAAUGGGUGCAGGAUCUUCUCUCGUUGUUGGACCCAACCCACUCAGACCUUGGGACAUUGUUGUUGAAAGUGAAAGAGAUCGUGGAAAGCAAUGAAAGUAGAAGACUUCCCAAGCUCCCAAAGGGUACUCGUGAUUUUGCAAAAGAACAGAUGGCCAUAAGGGAGAAAGCAUUCUCAAUUAUAAUGGAAGUUUUCAAGAGGCAUGGUGCCAUGGCCCUGGAUACCCCUGCCUUUGAAUUGAGAGAAACUCUAAUGGGAAAAUAUGGGGAAGAUUCAAAGUUGAUUUAUGAUCUUGCUGACCAGGGUGGAGAACUCUGCUCACUGCGGUAUGACUUAACGGUUCCAUUUGCUAGGUAUGUGGCUAUGAACGGUAUUACAUCAUUUAAAAGGUACCAAAUAGCAAAGGUUUACAGAAGGGAUAACCCAUCUAAGGGAAGAUACCGUGAAUUCUAUCAAUGUGACUUUGACAUUGCCGGUCAAUAUGAGACAAUGGGGCCAGAUUUUGAGGUUGUAAAGGUUAUGACGGAAUUGCUGGAUGAGCUAAAUAUCGGAGACUAUGAGAUAAAACUGAAUCAUCGGAAGCUAUUGGAUGGCAUGUUGGACAUUUGUGGAGUGUCGUCUGAUAAGUUCAGAACCAUAUGUUCAAGUAUUGACAAGUUAGACAAGCAAUCAUUCGAGCAGAUUAGAAAAGAAAUGGUGGAAGAGAAGGGCUUGACUGUCUUGAUAGCAGAUAAAAUUGGCACUUUUGUCAAGGAAAGGGGGUCCCCUCUGGAACUCUUAUCUAAGCUUAAACAAGAAGGAAGCGAGUUCCUGAAAAAUGAGGGAUCUCGUAUGGCACUGAAUGAAUUAGAAGUUUUGUUUAAAGCCCUGGAGAAGUCAAAGUGCAUUGGCAAAGUAGUUUUUGACUUGAGUCUUGCUAGAGGUCUUGACUACUACACUGGAGUUAUAUUUGAAGCUGUUUUUAAAGGGGCUACACAGGUUGGUUCAAUUGCUGCUGGCGGACGUUAUGACAACCUUAUAGGGAUGUUUGGGACAAAGCAGGUUCCUGCUGUUGGUGUCAGUCUUGGAAUAGAACGCGUAUUUACUAUAAUGGAGCAGCUUCAUAAAGAGCAGAAUCAGGUUACCCGUGCUACUGAAACUCAAGUCCUUGUGGCUCUUUUGGGGGAUGACUUGUCUCUUGCUGCCGAAUUGGUUAGUGAAUUGUGGAGGGCUAGAGUGAAAGCGGAAUACAUGGUGAGUAAAAGAGUGAUGAAGCACAUUGAACGUGCCAAAGCAUCAAGGAUCCCUCUGAUGGUAAUUGUGGGUGAGCGUGAAGUGAAUGAAGGGGUUGUGAAAUUGAAAGAUGUCGAGGCUGCUACAGAAGACGAAAUCCGCAGAGAGAUUCUUGUUGAGGAGCUUCAGAGACGCUUGAGUGGUGGCAUUUCACCGCGAGAAAUUAGUUUUUGAGAACACAGAUGAAUCCUCAAACUGCAUAACCUUAAUGUGGGAAAUGAUGCUGGAUACCUCUUUUGUCUUUACAAUUACGAUUCUUAGUUAUGUAUACUAUUUACUUUAGGUUAUGUUGGUAGUAGAAACAUAUAAUAUGGUUUAAUCCACACUCCUCUCUUGGUACUUUUUCAUUCCAAUUGUGUAGACUAUGGAUGGGCAAAUAUGUGACAGAUUGCUUAUGCGCAAAUAGUUGUUAUUAUGGGAGAGGAGAGAAGCGCCGAGGUUAGAGGGGGCACCUACCAAAGAUUCGGAGGGCCAGACUUGUAUCUCUCCCCACCCACCACCUAUGACACGCACAGCUCUAAUUUAUUGGCCUGGCUUUUAUGAUUGUCCUCUAUUCUGUGAUUUGGAAUAUCCUAAAAAAGAAAAAAGAAAAACCAGCCAUCAAAAUCUAUAUUCGCAGAACAACACCAACCAACGUACAUAUCCCGAACUACUGACCCGAAGGUUAUACUCCAACGGCCCACCCUGCGCUCCAGUCUCAUGUUAUUGUAGUAGUAUCUCCUACUGCAUGCUGGAUGUAUUAUUGCCUAUUUGCCUCUCCUUUCAUGAGAGAGAGGGAGAGAGAUUCUAUUCUUAGCCAAUAUGCAUUAGUCUCUCUCUCUCUCUCUCUCUCUCCCCCCCUAAGUUUCGGAAGAAAAGAAAAGGGAAAACAAAAACUAGGGAAGAAGGGAAACAAAUAAGGCAAAUGCUAGCAAAUUCUAUAUUCAUCCCUGGAAUAAUAUCCUGCAAUACCACUACUUGUAACAGGGUUCAUCAAUUGAGGAGAAGGAAUUGUUUCGGGUUGUUUUCAUCCUUGAAACAACACCGGUAAUGGGUGCGCAUGCAGCCCCGCAUGUGCGCGCCCCCGCAUUAACAACAUUCUUCUCAACCAAAACCGACAGAUUGGUCAACAUCCUUUGCCUGAAUCUGAUCAUCAUGUUCUUGUUAUCAUCAUCUAGAAUUGUGGCUGCGUCAGAUGCAGAUGCCUUGUUGAAAUUCAAGGACAGUCUGUCGAACAAUGUUGAUGCUCUGGGUAGUUGGAACAAUUCCACGAGUCCAUGUUCUGGGAAUUACGCAAACUGGAUCGGUGUGCUUUGCACCGAUGGCGACAUCUGGGGUCUGCAGCUGGAGAACAUGGGCCUAACAGGGGACAUAGAUGUCGAUGCACUUCUUCUGUUGCCCCACCUUCGCACUCUCAGCUUCAUGAACAACAAAUUCGACGGUGACUUCCCUGAUUUCUACAAGCUGGGGGCCUUGAAGUCAUUGUUCCUCUCCAAUAAUCAAUUCUCCGGUUCGAUUCCUGACAAUGCAUUUGCAGGAAUGGCUUCUUUGAAAAAGUUGUAUUUGUCCCACAAUGCUUUCCAGGGCAACAUUCCUACCUCCCUUGCCCAAUUGCCCAAGCUUAUUGAGUUAAGGCUUGAGGGUAACCAAUUUACAGGCCUCUUACCCAAUUUUCAGCAGAAGGAUCUCAAAGAUGUCAAUGUAUCUUACAAUCAAUUGGAGGGUCCUAUUCCACCGGCUCUCAUCAAUGUUAGCCCCACUUCAUUUUCAGG